AUGACCACACCGCGGCACCUCUCCUUUCACGAACCUUAAAAAGGGGGCCGUCGACGCCGAGCUUCUUAGCUAGGGUUUCUUCCGCACAAAGAAAGCGCGGCAGAGAAGUCUCUCUCUUCUUCCCUCGAGUUGUUCCUCGCUAUUUCGCAGUUAAAAUCAACUGAUAAUGUCAGACAUAGAGGAGUACCGCUGCUUUAUUGGGGGCCUGUCAUGGUCAACUACUGAUGGAAAUCUGAAGGAUGCAUUCGAAAAAUUUGGCCACCUUACCGAGGCAAAGGUAGUUGUGGACAGGUUUUCUGGUCGAUCUCGUGGAUUUGGUUUUGUCACUUUUGACGAGAAAAAUGCUAUGGAAGAAGCCAUUGAAGCGAUGAAUGGAAUUGAUUUGGAUGGACGAGCUAUCACUGUAGAUAGAGCUCAGCCACAAGGAUCUUCUAGGGAUCGUAAUGGUGACCGUGAUUAUGAUCGCUACCGUGGUCGUGGUCGUGAUCGUGAUCAUGGUCGUGACUUUGGUGGAGGACGUGGUUCAAACAGUGGAGAGUGCUUCAAAUGUGGCAAGCCUGGGCAUUUCGCAAGGGAGUGCCCAUCUGGUGAUGGUGCAAGAGGAGAUAGGUAUGGUGGCAGGGAUGAUAGGUAUGGCAGUGGGGGCAGUGGUAAUAGUCGUUAUGGACCUGACCGUAAUGGGGACCGAUAUUCUGGGCGCAACAGGGAUGGGGGAAGCCGUAGCGGGCCAGGAACUGAUCGAUAUAAUCGUGAUCGGUCUGGUCCAUAUGAACGUCCCAGUGGAGGGGGCUACAGAUCUUAAGGAAGUGUUGCUUUUUUGCCAGCAUUGAACUAGUGCAGUACUGCUCCAAAAGUUUUAAGGUGGCACUGGACCUUGUUACUGGCUUUGCUGGAUAUGUUCUCCCGUUAGUGUUUCUACUUUGGAUCUGCUAGGAUUGUGGUUAUUUUAUAAUGUUGGGGCCUGGAUAGAUACAAUUGGUUCUGAUAUAAUUGAUGUUUCAGUUCCCUGUUAUGUCAUUUUGAUCUGGUGCCUCAUGCUUGCUUGACAUGCUAUGGGCAUUUGGUCUUUAAAACUUUGAAUUUCAUUAUUGCUUUUGGAUUCUCAAUGAUUUUGUGGCAUUUUUUUCUUUGGUUUCGGCUUCUUGGUAUGUUGUUGAUCAGGAUGCUACUGGAGGAUUCAAUGGGAUGCUUUCAUUGAGUAGGAUCUUUGGUUAUAACUACAAUUAAUUUGGAGUGUCUCUUUGUUGGGACUUGAAAAAACCGAUUAUUCACACUUGAGAACUGCCUGAAAUAAUAGAGUAUCACCAGUGGUCUCUUGUGCUGUUUUGAUGCCCCCCCGAAGAUGGUUUGACCCUACUUGGUGGGAAGAAACCUGGUAAAGUUAGACUUUCCUACCCUUGAAAUUUUUGAUUACUUUUUAAUGUGAUGAUGAUUGUGUUAACCUUUUGGCAGGCUAUGGUUUGGCCUUUGUGAGCAUUUUGGAUUGAUGCUUGGGUUACUUGAUGCUAUUCUUGCAUUAUUUGGACAUGGUUUUUUGCACAUUACUGCUUAAGCUUUGCUGCAGCAGCAGUGAUCUCCUGCAACAUAGACAUGGAUUGAUCUGGUCUGAAACUUUUACUUUUUUGAUCAAAGGAGAUCCCUCCCUGCAUAUGAUGCUGCAACUUUUGUCAAGAUCUUUGACAGACUCAGCAGUCAUCGUAGGUGUGUUACUGUUCUUUAUUUAUGAUUUUGGGCCAGACAAAGAUUUUACAAUGAGUCAUCCUACUCAAUGAUGGGGUCAUGAUUCCUGGGUUUCUCAACAGAGGUUCAGUGAACAAGUCAUCCUGUUUGGUCAAACUAUGGUUCUUCCAGUUUCACAGUCUCUUUUUGUAUCUAUUUGCUAUCUCUAGAACUUCGAGCCAACAAUUUCACUUCUUGAAGGUUCUCUGUCGUUCCUUGGGUCACUCUGGAAUUUUGCCAUUUUGCUCUUUGAAAUAACAUAUUUUGCUA